AUGUCGAGUUGUGCGCGACUUCUGAUCUACAACGAGAAGGUUAUCGACGAUGCAUACCCAUUACCGAACGAGACAGACGUCUUGGACCACCUGGAAAAGAUCGAAACGUACCCUGUUGACAGGUCGAAAACCGUCUGCUCUACUCACCUUGGGUAUCUCGAGUACUAUUGGAAGCCCGUGGGAAUUAACAAAGCAUACGGAUCACUCCAGGGUCAGAUGGAACAAGUUUUGAAAGGCCUUCACGGUACCGAGGCUGUCAUAUAUUACGACGAUACAGUGAUCUAUUCCGAAACGUUCGACGAAGACGACGUCGAGACAAACGAAUACUCGACAGACUUCGAGGGGCCAACUUGA